UAUGUAGGUGUUCGUUACAUAACUGAAGAUCUUCUGAAGAAACUUGUUGGAACCAUAUCUUUAGAAUACGUGACGACAUUGAAUUUGACAUUAGCAAAGCCUGGAGGAAAAUUCAAAUACAUUGAAAACUUAGAAAAAUUAAAACGUCUGGAAAAUUUAAACCUCAGCAAAAAUAAUAUUGAAAAAAUUGAUCGGCUGUCCCAUCUGACUCGCUUAAAAGAACUAAACAUUUCUGAUAACUGUCUGACCAGAAUAGAAAACCUUCAACCACUGACCAAUCUACAAGUCUUGGACUUGUCUCACAACAAAAUAAAAACUAUUCCGUCCUGGCUACCUACAAAAUUAAUCCAGCUGAGAAGUUUCAACGUCGCCGAAAAUAACAUUGCUGAUAUGACAGAAUUUGUGAAAUUUCGUGAUUCAAUACACUUGACGACGUUGAAAGUGUCAGGCAACCCGUUCACAGACAUAUCGACGUAUCGUCUCUUCUUGUUGUAUCAUCUGAGGACAGUUGAAUGGCUGGAUGGCUGCGAGGUCAGUGAGGAUGAAAGGACGUCGUCUCAACAGAGAUUCGGACAGGGUAUCUACGUUCUAAAUAAAAUUCUAUUAUAA